UAUUUACACAGAAGAAAUCAAUCACAAACUAAAGUAAAGAAAAUCGAAUUCAAAAGAUAAAGAUGGGGAAUUGUAUAGUUAUGGAGAAGAAAGUGAUAAAGAUAAUGAGAAAUGAUGGUAAAGUAGUCGAAUACAGAGGACCCAUGAAGGUUCAUGACAUCCUCACCCAAUUCUCUGGCCACUACUCUCUCUUCGACUCUCUCUCUAACAAUUGUCAUCUUCAUCCACAAUCCAAGCUUCUCUGUGGCCGUCUCUACUAUCUCAUGCCCAAGGAGACCACAACAAUCAUCAAGCACCAGAAGACGCUGAAGAAAGUCAGGUUUGCAAAUCCAGAGGUUGAGAAAAAAGAAGAGGACCUAGAAGAAGAAGAGGAAGAUAGAUUAACAGAUUGUGGCGACAACACCAAGGAGAAGAGUGUUGGUGUUGUGAGAGUAAAGAUGGUUGUGAGUAAGCAAGAGCUUGAGAAGCUGCUUCAAGGAGGAUCAAUUCAAGAAUUGGUCUAUAAGAGUCUUGCUAAGCAAAAUCUCUCUGAUGAUGAUGAUGAGUGUCAUAGAGGCUGGAGACCUUUGUUAGAUAGUAUUCCUGAAUCUUAUUAGCCUAUACGAUGUCCAUAUCUAUAUAUAUAUAUAUAUAUGACACAUAACAUAGAUAUAUACGUAGAUACCAGAGACUCAUAAAGGAGGCAUGAAAUUCCCAGGAAUACUGUUCCAAUGGACAAUGGUAACACAUGAAAUCCUUUUUCGAGAAAGUUUAAAAUUAGUAUUAAAAUGUGAAUAUAUGUUAUGAUGGAAUUUUCCAAAAGGUAAAAGUGUGAGUGCUUGUUUGUGUUAAUUUCAAAGACUAGAGGCCUAUAAUAGGCAUCUCUAGUGGCCUAUAAGCAAAGUAAA